UAUAAAAUAAGAGGGAAUAUCAGAAUAUGGAUCCCGUGAAAAUAUUUUCGAGCCACAUUUCUUCAAAUUUCUGGUGAAAUUGAGAGAAAGAGGUUGUGAGCAAAUUUUUCAGGAACUAGCCUUGUUAGUCCGGCAUGUACAGAAGUAGGUCGGCACGAUCCGCCUCAUACCAUGACUCAACCACUCUGGAGUCGGAGAAGAUUGAGGGUGCUGGUAGCUGGGACGCUCUUGAAUGGACCAAAGUUGAACCAAUUUCGAGGUCGGUAUGGCAGGGAAUUAAAAAGUUCUUGCUCCAAGCCGAGCAGGUUAUCGUAGAGGAAAAUGGUGUUGUUCUUGUUAACACAGAUGAAGCUGGAACACUAUAUGUUACAAAUUUUCGUCUUCUUUUUUUGAGUGAAGGAUCAAGGGACAUCAUUGCACUGGGCACUGUACCAUUGGCGACUAUUGAGAAGUUUAACAAGAUUGUUACAAAGCUCCCAUCAGCAAGCCGUCAUUCUGACAAGAAUCCACCCCAGCGCCUGCUUCAGGUCAUAGGCAAAGACAUGAGAAUUAUUGUAUUUGGUUUUAGGCCUCGAACAAAGCAGAGGCGUGCAGUAUACAAUGCAUUAUUGAAGUUUACAAGGCCUACAAGACUUUGGGAUCUCUUUGCUUUUAUUUCUGGCCCUUCAGUGCUUGUUAACACAGACUCAAAUGUUCGAUUAUUGAACGAGUACUUCCGGCUCUUGGGAUUACGAUCAUAUCAUGCUUCAAAUAGAAUUAUUGAAGAUGGUGCUUUUACAUUCUCUAAUGAGCAGUGGAGAAUAAGCAGUGUGAACUUUAAUUAUUCAUUGUGCUCAACCUAUCCGUUUGCCUUGCUGAUUCCAAAAUCUAUUAGUGAUGAUGAAAUCCAGCAAGCCUGUACAUUUCGAGCACGUUGUAGACUUCCAGUAAUUUCAUGGUGUCAUCAAGGAACUGGGGCUGUUUUAGCACGCUCAUCUCAACCCCUUGUUGGUCUCAUGAUGAAUCUCAGAAGCAAUGCUGAUGAGAAGCUAGUUGCUGCACUUUGCACUCAAUUUGCUGGAGGGCAGCAGAGGAAACUAUACAUUGCUGAUGCAAGGCCUAGGAAAAAUGCUCUUGCAAAUGGAGCAAUGGGAGGUGGAUCUGAGUCUUCUUCUAAUUAUUUUCAAUCAGAGAUUGUUUUCUUUGGGAUAGACAAUAUACAUGCAAUGAGAGAGAGUCUAGCGCGGCUUAGAGAGUACUUAGAUACUCAUGGGACCACCUCAUCAGAUGGAAUGUCAUCAUUUUUGAGACAUGGUGGAUGGACUUGGGGAGGUGGUAACCUCAGCAGCAUGUCUGCUUCAGUUUCAACGCUUGGAGAUACUGGUUGGUUAAUUCAUGUCCAAAGCGUCCUUGCUGGUUCUGCUUGGAUUGCUGCACGUGUUGCACUGGAAUCGGCUUCGGUGCUUGUUCAUUGCAGUGACGGAUGGGACAGAACAACACAACUGGUAUCACUUGCCAGCUUGUUGCUUGAUCCAUAUUACCGAACAAUUAAAGGCUUUCAGGCACUUGUGGAAAAAGAUUGGCUUGCAUUUGGUCAUCCAUUUUCAGACCGUGCUGGAUUGCCAGCUUUAUCUGGAAGUGGUAACAUGCCUUCCGAAUUAACAAGACAGGCUUCUGUUGGAAGCUCAUCUCCCCUUCGUCAAUCGUCGGGCUUGCCUUCAUCUCAGACUCCUAAUUCUUCACAUGGGCAAAAUAAUUGUUCCCCUAUUUUCUUACAGUGGGUUGAUUGUGUUUCACAGCUUUUGCGGAUGUAUCCCUUUGCCUUUGAGUUCUCCUCCGCAUUUCUUGUAGAUGUCUUGGAUUGCAUGCUUUCUUGUCGCUUUGGAAACUUCUUGUGCAAUAGUGAGAAAGAAAGGCAGCAAGCCGGUAUCUCUGAUGCAUGUGGAUGCUUAUGGACGUAUUUGGCUGAUAUACGGUCAUCAGAAGAAAGUUCACACGUACAUUACAACAUCUUUUAUGAUCCGUUAAAGCAGGGAGGGCCACUGCUACCUCCAGCUGCAGCUUUAGCUCCCACACUUUGGCCUCAAUUCCAUCUUCGGUGGGCUUGUCCUUCAGAGGCUCAAGGCGGUGAUGUGGAAUCACAGUGCCGCAGCAUCACUAAGAAAUUCUCUGAUUUGGAGAAGGCAAAAGAAGCUGCAGAAGCCAGAGUUAAAGAAAUGGCAGCAAACACAAGACACCUGACAGCUGAGUUGCAAAGUGAGAAACGUGUCAGUACCUCAGCCGUAGAUUCAGCAAAGAGAGCCAACAGAGAGUGUGUUUCCAUCAAGCGGGCAGUCCAAUCAUUAGGGUGUAAAAUUCACAUCUCGGCAGAUGGUGACUGUAGUGUUGAUAUAGAGAGCAACCCAACACAGAUUCCUCAAAACUCUCUUUCAUCUCACUCGAGAAAUGAAAAGGGUGGUGAAAUCAACCUGGACCAUUCAUUGUCGUUCUGCGUCACGCAAGAUGAUCCACCCGAUAACCGGUUUGGUCGGGUAUGUGAAUCUUUGUGCCCAAUGCGCACAAGGGAAGGAGCGUGUAGGUGGCCCAGCGCCGGCUGCACUCAAUUUGGGAGCCAAUUUGUUGGACUGAAAGCAAAUUUUGAGGCGUUUGAUCGGCUUUCUAUAUUUGAUAGUUAUUUCGAGUCAUAAUGGAAGACAGGGCUGUAAAUAGUAAAUUGGUCUGAGUUUUUGUCAUCUGUGGAAGUCAAGAGGUCGACAAGAAGAUGGAUGUUAACAAGUAAUAAUGCAUGGCAAAUAAUGGCAAUUUAGAUAGCUGCCGUUAAUGCUUCGGCAAUACACAAUUUUAUUGCGAGGGUACUAGUUCUAGGUUACACAUUCUUCAUAUAAUUAUUGUGUAGAUACGUACAACACCAUUUUGUUCAAGUAGUUGAUAUCCUAAUAAAGUUGGUUCUCUUCUUCGUGUAUGGACUUUAGUUGUAGUUUUUAGAAUUAUUAUUUCCUGAUA